GAGAACUCAGUCACAGAACAACAGCAUGGAGAAGUCUAAUGUACUACGCGAAGGAUUUUUGGUCAAACGGGGCCAUCUUGUUCCCAACUGGAAGGCGCGCUGGUUCAUUUUGAUGCCUGAUAAACUGCUGUAUUAUAAAUAUGAAGGAGGAAGAAGGGACUCCAAUCAAAGAGGGAAAAUACUGUUAAAAGGAUGUCAGAUCACAUGCCCUUUUCUGGAAUAUGAAAAUCGACCGUUGGUUUUGAAAAUUGUGGCAAAGACCGGAGUGGAGCAUUUUCUGGAGGCGUGUUCGCGUGAGGAGAGAGAUGUUUGGGCGGCGGACAUUUUGUCUGCUGUGGAGAGGCUGAACUCAAAGGACACUGGGAAUGUGUCCACUGUUCCUGAUUCAGAAGAGACUGAGCUGCACCAUUUUGAUCUGAGUAAAGUGCUGGACUCCAUGUACGAUGUCCACAGUGGGAUAAAUAUGAACUGUCACAUGGAGCAGGGAAACACUUACAAGAACUGCUUCUCUGGCUCUGCAGUGGUGGACUGGCUGGUGUUCAUGCAGUUCUCCCUGUCACGGGUGGAGGCGGUGACUCUGGCUUCUGCUCUACUGGAGGAGGGCUUCCUACGCACAGUGGGUCUGAGGAGCACUGAGGCUCUCAGAACAGCCGGACCGAGUCAACAGCUCAUCGAUGACUCUACCGCCCUCUACAGCUUUAGUGACAGCCUGAAGAAGCGUGGCAGUGUGAAGGCUCAGCCCUCCCUGUCUGCAGUGGAGCUCAGCGGGAAAGUGGUGAAGAGAGGAUAUCUGCUCAAACAGGGCCACAGAAGGAAAAACUGGAAAGUUCGACUGUUCGUGCUACGUUCAGAGCCAGCCUUCCUCCAUUACUAUGACCCCACCAGGGAUGACAUCAACCCGGUCGGAGGAUUCUCACUCAGAAGCUGUUUGGUGUCUGCACUGGAAGACAAUGGAGUGCCAUCAGGUGUAAAAGGCAACAUUCAAGGAAACCUGUUUAAAAUCAUUACUCAGUCGGACACUCAUUACUUCAUCCAGGCCCCAUCACAUCAGGAGAAGAUGGACUGGAUCGACGCCAUCAGAGAACACACAUAAACAAAACAAAACAACAAAACAAUAAUAUACUGUAACAUUAUUUAUAACACUGCCAUUAAACCUUUACUUUAACUGAGGACCAGGCCAUGAAGAAAGCUCAUUCAAAAGAAAUAGUAUUUUGUUGAAAUAUUUUAACUGCUAUGGCAGCGGUCCUUAUUUUUCAACAUCCUGAAACCCAUGGAUGCACAGGGUUCAGCAAGUUUACCCAAUGUAGCACUGCUUUAUAGAUUAUUUAUAGAUUCUUAGAUGAUCUUGAGCACUUUUUGAUGAUGUCUAUGUAAUAUAAUAAGUGUAGCAUCUCUUCUGUUUGUUUAAAUAAAUGUUUUUUUUUUCAAAUAUAA